AUGUUCCCGUGGUUGGAUCCGUUCCGAUGUUCCCGUGCGUGGAAUCAGCAGCAAAGUGGAGGAAUUUCAGGCGGAGGAAGGAUUUGGCCGGCAGCUCAGGUGCCUGCCCCCUGGGGGUCUGAAAUCGUGGCCGCCCGCGUCCCCCAGAAGGUGCUGCAGUUCGCCGGCAUUGAUGAUGUCUUCACUUCCUCUCGUGGAUCCACCAAGAAAUGGAAUCGCCACCUUCACAGCAGAACAUCACGCGCGAGUGGUCAAUGGACUGCCAAUGCUGCUCCAAAGGGGGCUGACCUUCACCUCCCCGUGUCCCUGAACAAGAUGGACCAACGAGUUGUGACCAUGUCCUCUGCGAGAAGUGCAUCAAGGUGGCCAUCAAAUUGUCGCUGCUACCACUGCUCGACCUAUGCUCUGAACGGGGCUGACACCGCGUGCUGCUUGCCAUUGGAGCAGGCCAUGGAGCUUCUGCUUGCCAUGCAUGCCUCCUUCCUUCGGCAGAAGCACCAGGUAGUAUUUACUAUGUUGAGUGAUCUUCCUUUUCCUCUUAAAAGUACAGUUUUGAAAAAAAAUCUAGACUGGUUCAGUGUUUUUCCUAAUUAG